AUGGCAGCCAAGGUCAAGAACCUGAUGAGUGCGGCGCACACUGCCGGUAUCUUUGCCGAUAUUGCAGUGGACGGCCCAGAGAUUGGAACCCUGGUUGCUAUCGUCGAUCGAGCCAAGAACUUGCCGAACCGCAAGACGAUCGGAAAGCAAGACCCCUACUGCGCAGCCAGAUUGGGAAAAGAAGCCAGAAAGACAUCAACUGAUGUCCGGGGCGGGCAAACACCAAAAUGGGACGAAGAACUUCGAUUCACAGUCCAUGACUGCCCAGAUUACUACCAGCUCAAGCUGUCUAUCUUCACAGACGAUAAGCGAACAGACCUUAUCGGAGAGUCAUGGAUCGAUCUGAGAGGUAUCAUUGUAUCUGGCGGUGGACAAAAUGACUUUUGGCAAACAUUGACUUGCAAGGGCAAAUAUGCUGGCGAAAUUCGAGUUGAAAUUACUUUCUACGAUACUCGAACGAAACCGGACAAGCCGGUAGCGAAACCAAAGCAGAUUGCGCCCGCUGAACCAGACCAAGGAUCCAUGAGCAAGCGAACACCAGUCAAGAGACGCCCUCUGCCAUCUGAUCCUGUCACUGGCGAAGCUCCGGUUGUUACUCAUCCUGCUCCUACAACGGCUCCUGUGCCUGCCCCUUUGCCAGCACCUCUGCCAGCGCCUAUAGCGGCAGCUCCAGCUCCAGCGACCCCAACCGGUCCUGAUCACCGCACGCCUCCACGAACACACAACAAGCAGCUCUCUCACUCUGGCAGCUUCGUACCAACACAGUCUCCUUUGCAAUCUGUUGAGUACAACACACCGCCCUCACACUCGUCCCGUCGCCACACAGAGCAAUACUCCACGUCCCCACACGGGCAUGUACCACAAGAGUAUACAACGCCAACUCGUGGGGAAGCCCCCUAUCAGUCACGGAGAUCAAUGGUUCUUCAUGAUGGAGCUCCUCGACAGUACGAUGACCGUGACUACAGUUCGAGAUAUUCUCCACACUCGAGUCAAAUGGAUCCCCGAGGUCACUACUCUCAACAAGACUAUUAUGAUCAGCCACAACUUUUGGACGAUCCAAGGCAAUUCUCCCCAGUAGAAAAUGAACGUCCUCCACCGCCGCCUGCGCAUCGUAGUCGACACAACAGCCCAAGCCAAGAACUGGUACCAAGAGGAAGCUUCGAUGCUUCAUCAAACAAGUUGCCACAGAUGAGACACGACGUUCUGAGACACGAGGCUCAGAGACAGUCCAUGGUGGCCUAUCCCGGACGCCCUGCGUUCCGUGGGUAUGAUUCAGCUCCUGUCACUAACCAAGCCCAUUCUCCGACCGCAAGCAAUUUCGAUGGCCUGCCGAGACAUAGUUCUUAUGAUGCGAGCUACGAUCCUCAUUAUCGAUCUAUGCAGCCCACAGUUGAAGACGUGCCUGAGACCUUUGGCCACCCCAUGCAGAACUAUUCGCAAAAUCCACAGAACCCGCAAAACGGCUCGCAGUUCCAGCGUUCUGACGAGCUUUGCUUCGAUGACAACCCCAGUCCGGCACCUCUUGUCUUACGGCGCUCCCCUGUUCCAGUUCCAUUCCGGAACGAUUAUUCUCCUGCGCAUCCUGCACAGGAUCCUGAGGACUGGCAAAUCACCAUGUCGCCUUCUCACGCUCGAAGCUACUCUAGAAGCCCUGGAGACAACUCUUACUAUCCUCACAAUAGCCAAGGUAGCUAUCAAGGUCACCCAGCCGACAUGAACGCUGCGCACGGCCAAAGCUCACACAACUAUGCGCCCGCUGCACUGCCAGCAACCCUUGUGCCAGGUUUGGAUGCCAACCAGUCCCAGGAAUUGACGGAUCUUAUUUAUGCGGACCGUCGACAAGAUCGAAGGCAGCACUCCCAGAGCAUGUCCAGCAUGCCAACACCUUCCCGAGGACGUCCUAGGAACGAGUCCUUGCAGGGGUACAACCAGGCGCCACCAGAGCAUGCCUAUGCUGUUCAGCCAUAUAACCGACGGGCUAUCACUUACGAUCAGCCGGAGCAACAACUCGUCAGACAUAGAGGUGUUUCCCCUGACCCUCGUACCAGUCCAAACCCACAGCACAUGAUCAAGCGGAAAUCGGUUAGUCCUGCGCCUCCACUCGAGGAUCAGAGGAGAAAGUCGGAUAUUCCUUUCGGUCCCGACUCCUAUGAUGCUUUGAACCCUAGUCUUGUAUCAUCCAAGAGUGGGGCAAGCCCGUCACCGGAUUUUAUGGACGACGAGCCGAAGAAGAUUAUCACAUAUGAUGGAAGGGAGAUUGAUCCUUCUGACCAUCUCCCCAUGGAAACAUGGGCACCCGAGCCAGAAAAGAAGGAGCCUAACCCCGACGCACGUACGAGACCGAAGCUAUCAGGGGUCAAGCCAAUGCCCCCUAGCACUCGAGGGCCACCUCGUAGUGGGCGCCAUUCAAUGUCUGCUACAAACACAUCAUAUUCAUUCUCUGACGAACCUCGCGCGCCUCCACAACCUGGUCGUACCCGUCUUCAAAAGCGGACUAACCGUGCAUCGCAAUCCCCAGCGCCUUCAAGCCCACUGGCUCCGAUUUCUAAGGACAAUUACCAGGAGAGAGCUCCAUAUGGUAAUGCUUCACUUCGAGGGUUGCCUCGUGCGGGGACAUGGGAUGUCGAGGAUGAGAACCGUGGGGCGUACGGCGGCCCGCCCAUCCCAGCCAAGAUUCCUAUGAUGAGUGGUGCAAACGGUGGUCAAGAGAUGGCGUUAAUGCAAGAAAUGCAGCGCAUCGAUAUUGGGACAGGCAGAUCCCGAAGACGAGGAGGAUAUUAA